AUGUCCGCCCUUAGCAAACUGAUCACUCUACCUUUAUCAGGUAAGAAGAAGAAUGAAGCUAAAAAAGCAUCUUUGAAAGCAACUAAGAAAAAGAAUCACAACUCCAUUCCGGUGGAAUUAAUUAUAGAUAUAGAGUCUCCUCCCUGUGUAUUAUAUGGUAAUGCGAACGAAUCAACUGGUUGUCUUCUUAGUGGACUAUUGACAGUUAAGGUAAAAGAUUUGAUUGCAAAAACAAAAAAUUCAACGGUAAAUAAGUUGACAUCCCUGAAUGUCCGAUCUUUGAAAUUAUCAUUCAUACAAAGAGUAAGCUAUAAUAAACCGUUUUCACAAGGCCCCUCGACAGUUAUCAAUUGUAAAGACUGUAAUACACGUAAACAAGUGUUAAAAACAUGGAAUAUAGUAGAAAACUCCACGACUUUGGAUAGUGGUUCAACACAGAUAUUCCCAUUUUCACACUUAAUAUCUGGAAAAUCAACAGUGACUUGUUAUUUAGGUUCAAAUUCAGACACAAAAGUAAGAUAUGAACUAAUUGCAUCAAUACGCUAUUUCGAUAAUAGUGAAAACUCACAAUCAAAAAACUUAGAGCCUAAACUUGUCACAGUUAAAUUGCCAAUAAUGUUGACAAGAAGCAUAUUAAGAGGUCCAGAUAAAAACUCAUUGAGAGUAUUUCCUCCGACAAAUUUAACUACUGCAGCAGUGUUGCCGAGUGUUGUAUAUCCAAAAUCAACAUUCCCAUUAGAGAUGAAAUUAGAAGGUAUAUCUGGUGAGGAUACCAGAUGGAGAAUGAGAAAAUUAAGUUAUCGAAUUGAAGAGACUGUAAGGAUAAGAAACAAUGUUUGUGAAAAGCAUGUAGAAGACUUGAAAGUCCUAGAAAAUGUUGUUAAGGAGAAGGAAGUACAAAAAUCAAAAAAACCACCUAACCCAAUUAAAAGAUAUGGUGAUUUAGCACCUCAAGUUCGUCUUUCUGUUAAUACAAUUGGUGGAUCGUCAAGUAGCCAUAAUAAUGGCGCUAGAUCUGCAUUAAAUACACCUCAAUCAGUAGCAAACAACUCCGGUGAUAGAGAUGAAGAUGAUGAAGAAAUGGAAAAUUCAUCAACAUUUGUUCAUCCCAACGAUGAUGUAGCAAGGCAAGAGAUACUACAACAGAGACAAAGAAUACGAAAAGAAGAAAUAGAAGCAGAAUUACAAAAUGAAACGUCACUUUUUACUGAGGAAGUGAGAAUAAUAGCAGAAGGUAUUAUGAAAAGUGGUUGGAAAACAGAUUUUAACGAAAGUGGCAAAAUUGAAAUAGUAACAGAUAUUGAUUGUAGUUCCUUAAAUUCCGGUGUUUCUAAUUCAAUAACACACGCUUCUUCUGAAUACCUCGAAAAUGAAAUGCCAAAGGCGAAAUCUGUCAACGUUUCUUGUGAUAUUCAAGAUCCAGUUUUAGGCAUUAACGUCAGUCAUAUUCUAUCAGUUGAAAUGGUAGUGGCAGAGGAAGCCUUGCAAUAUAAAAAUGGACAACCUGUUAGGCAUUCAAACUCUUCCGCUGUUGGUGAUUCAGCAUCUAAAAAUAGUAGUGCUGAUCAGAGACUAGCAGAAUUAUCGCCAAUGUUAGCAAACAGAAAUAGUAAUAGAAGAAAAAACCUUGCUUCCACUGCUUUAUCAAAGGUUGCCUCGAUUAAUAGUAAUAAUGACAAUAAGGACAAUAGCAGUGAUGUGCCUAUAGUUGGUGGUGAUAGUUCCUCGAAGACGGUAGGUAUCCCAACUGGUGCUGCUCGUGUAUUAAGAAUGCAAUUCAGAGUAAAUGUCACCGAAAGAUCAGGAUUAGGUAUUUCAUGGGAUGAAGAGGUUCCGCCUAUAUACCAAAAUGUUAGCUUUGUUUCCCCACCUAGUUAUGACAACUUAGAUGGAGUGUCUACUCGACAUGCCGGUUCCGAGUCGGCAGUCUAUGAUAAUUCAGAAAUGAUCCCUUUAAAUUCAACUGAUUUUAAGUAUUCAACUUUGGAUCUAGAGCGUCCCGUUCAGAUAUAUAACCAAGCCUCAACGAAUGCAUUAUCUGCAAUACAAUCAUUGCCAUUAGAAUCUGUAGAAAGCAUUGAUGGGAGUGACCCAACAUACCAUAAUUCAUUGACUCCGCGUCAAACUAGAGAUAUAAGAAUUCCAACUAUUUCGGAAGUAAUCGACACAGAUAAAAUUACCCAAUAA